ACAAAGCAGUCUUGAAACCGAUUUUGUCGCGGUUAGACGUGUUAUUGUGCUUGAUUUUCGCUUCGUUUUUUUUUGUUGCCGCUUGUUUGUUAAGUGCUUUUUAAUUGUGCAAAAUGGCCAUCCCACAACCGCAGGUUAAAUUCACACAAAUCUUCAUUAACAACGAGUUCGUAAAUGCCGUCAGUGGAAAAACGUUCCCCACGAUAAACCCGGCAACCGGUAAAAAAAUCGCCGAUGUUGCCGAGGGCGAUAAGGCCGAUGUCGAUCUGGCGGUCGCGGCCGCCAAGGCUGCCUUCGAGAGGAAAUCGGUCUGGCGCCAAAUGGAUGCCUCGGCUCGAGGAAAACUGCUUCACAAACUGUGUGACCUGAUGGAGAAAAACCUAGAAUACUUGGCCGCUUUGGAAUCGCUGGACAAUGGCAAACCGUACGCGAGCGCGGUCUACGAUGUGCACGCGUCGGUCGCCUCUCUCCGAUAUGCUGCUGGCUGGGCCGAUAAGAUCAGUGGAGACACUCUGCCCUCGGAUGGACCUCAUUUGACCUACACCAGAAAGGAACCGGUCGGUGUGGUGGGACAGAUUAUUCCCUGGAACUAUCCGAUGCUGAUGCUGGCCUGGAAAUGGGGACCGGCUCUAGCAACCGGUUGUACGAUCGUAAUGAAACCGGCAGAGCAGACUCCAUUGACGGCACUGUACCUGUGCUCGUUGGCCAAGGAAGCCGGUUACCCGGCCGGUGUAAUCAAUAUGGUUCCCGGGUAUGGAGCAACCGCUGGAAAUGCCAUCACCGUUCAUCCGGAUAUCAAAAAAGUCGCUUUCACUGGGUCGGUGGAAGUUGGCAAGAAAAUCAUGGCCGGUGCUGCUGGCACUCUGAAAAAGGUUUCGCUGGAACUGGGAGGAAAAAGCCCGCUGGUUAUCUGUGAUGAUGUUGAUGUCAAUGAAGCAGCACAAAUUGCCUUCGCGGGUGUGUUCGAAAACAUGGGCCAGUGUUGUAUCGCUGCAACGCGUACUUUUGUUCAGGAAGGAAUUUACGAUGCAUUUGUGAAGAAGGCGGCUGAACUGGCCAAGUCCCGCAAGGUCGGAUGCCCGUUCGCUCAAGACACUCAACAUGGACCGCAAAUUGACGAUACCCAGUUCAAAAAGAUUUUGCGUUAUAUCGAAAUUGGCAAGAAGGAGGGAGCCAACCUGGUCACUGGUGGAGUUCAAGUCGGUACCGAAGGAUACUUUAUCGAACCAACAGUAUUUUCGAAUGUCACCGAUGACAUGACCAUCGCUAAGGAGGAAAUCUUCGGGCCGGUGCAGAGCAUCAUCAAAUUCAAAACUCUGGAUGAAGUGAUUGAUAGGGCGAACGCCACCAGCUUCGGAUUGGCUGCCGGUAUCGUAACAAAGAGCCUGAACAAUGCCAUCCUGUUCAGCAAUGCCGUCGAAGCUGGUUCGGUUUGGGUUAACACCUAUCUGGCCGUUCACGUUCAAGCACCGUUCGGAGGGUACAAACAGUCCGGAAUUGGACGUGAAAUGGGCAAGGAUGGCAUGGAAUUGUAUCUGGAAACGAAGACCGUCUCCAUCAGACUACCUUCGAAGGUGUAAGCUAGAAUUGUGCUUUUCGUUUUCAUUUUUGUUUUCUACUCAGGCAGUGUAU